CGCGCUCGCGCGUAUGUGUGUGAGUGCGUGUCCUGCUCGCUCCAUGUUGCCGCCUCUCCCGGUACCUGCUGCUGCUCCCGGGGCUGCGGGAAAUGCGAGAGGCUGAGCCGGGGAGGAGGAACCCGAGCAGCAGCGGCGGCGGCGGCCGCGGCGGCGGCGGCGGCGGCGGGAGGAGCCCCCCAGGAGGAGGACCGGGAUCCAUGUGUCUUUCCUGGUGACUAGGAUGUCGUCGGAGGAGGACAAGAGCGCGGAGCAGCCGCAGCCGCCGCCACCCCCCCCCGAGGAGCCCGGAGCCCCGGCCCCGAGCCCCGCAGCCGCAGACAAAAGACCUCGGGGCCGGCCUCGCAAAGAUGGCGCUUCCCCUUUCCAGAGAGCCAGAAAGAAGCCUCGAAGUAGAGGAAAAAGUACAGUGGAAGAUGAGGACAGCAUGGAUGGGCUGGAGACAACAGAAACAGAAAAUACUGUGGAAACAGCAGAAAUCAAAGAGCAAUCAGCAGAAGAGGAUGCUGAAGCAGAAGUGGACCGCAGCAAGCGGCCAGUCCCAGCCUUCCAGCGUUCUGUGUCUGAGGAAUCUGCAGCCUCCCUGGUCUCUGUUGGUAUAGAAGCCAAAAUCAGUGAACAGCUCUGCGCUUUUUGUUACUGUGGUGAAAAAAGCUCCUUAGGACAAGGAGACUUAAAACAAUUCAGAGUAACGCCUGGAUUUAUUUUGCCAUGGAAAAACCAGUCUUCUAACAAGAAGGACGUUGAUGACAACAGCAGUGGAACUUGUGAGAAAAUACAAAACUCAACACCACGAAAACAAAGAGGACAGAGAAAGGAACGGUCUCCUCAGCAGAAUAUAGUACCUUGUGUCAGUGUAAGCACGCAGACUGCUUCCGAUGAUCAGGCUGGUAAAUUAUGGGAUGAACUCAGUCUGGUUGGCCUUCCAGAUGCCAUUGAUGUCCAAGCCUUAUUUGACCCUACAGGCACUUGUUGGGCUCAUCACCGUUGUGUGGAAUGGUCACUGAGGGUGUGCCAGAUGGAAGAACCGUUGUUAGUGAACGUGGACAGAGCUGUUGUCUCAGGGAGCACAGAACGAUGUGCAUUUUGUAAGCACCUUGGAGCCACUAUCAAAUGCUGUGAAGAGAAAUGUACCCAGAUGUACCAUUAUCCUUGUGCUGCUGGAGCUGGCACCUUUCAGGAUUUCAGUCACUUCUUCCUUCUUUGUCCAGAGCACAUUGACCAAGCUCCUGAAAGAUGUAAGUUUACUACAGCAAAGGAAGAUGCAAACUGUGCAGUGUGCGACAGCCCGGGAGACCUCUUAGAUCAGUUCUUUUGUACUACUUGUGGUCAGCACUAUCAUGGAAUGUGCCUGGAUAUAGCGGUUACUCCAUUAAAACGUGCAGGUUGGCAAUGUCCUGAGUGCAAAGUGUGCCAGAACUGCAAACAAUCGGGAGAAGAUAGCAAGAUGCUAGUGUGUGAUACGUGUGACAAAGGGUAUCAUACUUUUUGUCUUCAACCAGUUAUGAAAUCAGUACCAACCAAUGGCUGGAAAUGCAAAAAUUGCAGAAUAUGUGUAGAGUGUGGCACACGAUCUAGUUCUCAGUGGCACCACAAUUGCCUGGUAUGUGACAGUUGUUACCAACAGCAGGAUAACUUAUGUCCUUUCUGUGGGAAGUGCUACCAUCCAGAAUUGCAGAAAGACAUGCUUCAUUGUAAUAUGUGCAAAAGAUGGGUUCACUUAGAAUGUGACAAACCAACAGAUCAUGAACUGGAUUCUCAGCUCAAAGAAGAGUACAUCUGCAUGUAUUGCAAACACUUAGCUGAGAUGGAUCCAUUACAGCCAGGUGAUGAAGUGGAGAUGGCUGAACUCAUUACAGAUUGUAACAAUGAAAUGGAAGUUGAAGGCCCUGAGGACCGCAUGGUAUUUCUGGAGCAAGCAGUUAAUAAAGAUGUCGAUGAUCAGCAGCCCACACCUGGAAUUGUUCCAGAUGCAGCUCACAUCCACACUGGAGAGCAGCGGAGGAGUGAUCCACCAGGAAGUCAUGGCGCGCGUGGACUUCUCACUGCUGAAUCAUCGCAAGAUAAAAUGAAUCCUGAAUUGGAAAAUCAGAUUUCUCAUGAAGUUGACAGUGAAGAAAUGGAAAUGCCUCCUAAAGCGAUGCAUGCUUGCGGUGCAGAUCAAAAUGAGAACAAAAUGGAAGUGACAGACAGCGCUGAAGCCCUUGCUCCCCAGGUCGCUGUGCAGCAGGGGGAAGUGCACUUGUUGGAGGGACCUAACGUGGUGGCGCCCCCAGAAGAAUCCCGGCCUCCAGGAGUCAACAUUGAAUCUGUCACUGUCCCGUCCCCUAGUGGGGAAGGUACGGCUUUAUGUUCUAAGGAACAGUUGGCCAUAGAAAGGGUACCAGAAGAAAUGGAACAGAAAGAAAAUCCUGAACCCUCUACUGCAUUUAUGGACUUCGAAGUGGCUCCUGCAAUUGAGAGUUGUGUGAAAGAUGGUGUAUGCCAAGAAAGCAAAUCUGUAAAAUUACCAUCUGAGACAGAGUCAUCAUUUUCAUCAGCAGCGGGCAUAAGCAAGGCAAAUGCGUCUUCCUCUCCAGCACUUUCUUCCGACUUGCCUUCCCACGACAUGCUGCACAGUUACCCGUCGGCUCCCAGUGCUUCUGCUGGAAACAUCAUGCCAACAACUUACGUCUCAGUCACCCCCAAAAUUGGCAUGGGUAAACCAGCUAUUACCAAAAGGAAAUUUUCUCCUGGUAGACCUCGGUCCAGACAGGGGGCUUGGAGUACCCAUAAUACAGUGAGCCCACCUUCCUGGUCCCCAGACAUUUCAGAAGGCCGGGAAAUUUUUAAACCCAGGCAGCUUCCUGGCAGUGCCAUUUGGAGCAUCAAAGUGGGCCGGGGGUCAGGAUUUCCAGGAAAGCGGAGACCUCGUGGUGCGGGACUGUCAGGACGAGGCGGCAGAGGCAGAUCAAAGUUGAAAAGUGGCAUCGGGGCAGUUGUGUUACCCGGGGUGUCUGCUGCAGAUAUUUCAUCAAACAAGGAUGAAGAAGAAAACUCUAUGCACAAUACAGUUGUGUUGUUUUCUAGCAGUGACAAGUUCACUUUGCAUCAGGAUAUGUGUGUAGUUUGUGGCAGUUUUGGCCAAGGAGCAGAGGGAAGAUUACUUGCCUGUUCUCAGUGUGGUCAGUGUUACCAUCCAUACUGCGUCAGUAUUAAGAUCACUAAAGUGGUUCUGAGCAAGGGUUGGAGGUGUCUGGAGUGCACUGUGUGUGAGGCCUGUGGGAAGGCGACAGACCCAGGAAGACUCCUGCUGUGUGACGAUUGUGACAUAAGUUAUCACACCUACUGCUUGGACCCGCCACUGCAGACAGUUCCCAAAGGAGGCUGGAAGUGCAAAUGGUGUGUGUGGUGCAGACACUGUGGAGCAACGUCUGCAGGUCUGAGAUGUGAAUGGCAGAACAACUACACACAGUGUGCUCCCUGUGCAAGCUUGUCCUCCUGCCCCGUCUGCUACCGAAACUAUAGAGAAGAAGACCUCAUUCUGCAGUGUAGACAAUGUGAUAGAUGGAUGCAUGCAGUCUGUCAAAACUUAAAUACUGAAGAGGAAGUGGAAAAUGUAGCAGACAUUGGUUUUGAUUGUAGCAUGUGCAGACCCUAUAUGCCUACAUCAAAUGUGCCUUCCUCAGACUGCUGUGAAUCUUCACUUGUAGCACAAAUUGUCACAAAAGUGAAAGAGCUAGAUCCACCCAAGACCUACACCCAGGAUGGUGUAUGUUUGACUGAAUCAGGGAUGACUCAGUUACAGAGCCUCACAGUUACUGUUCCAAGAAGAAAACGGUCAAAACCAAAGUUGAAGUUGAAGAUCAUAAAUCAGAAUAGCGUGGCCGUCCUUCAGACCCCUCCAGACAUCCAAUCAGAGCAUUCAAGGGAUGGUGAAAUGGAUGAUAGUCGAGAAGGAGAACUUAUGGAUUGUGAUGCAAAAUCAGAAUCUAGUCCAGAACGGGAAGCUGUGGAUGAUGAAACUAAGGGAGUAGAAGGAACAGAGGGUGUCAAAAAGAGAAAAAGGAAACCAUACAGACCAGGUAUUGGUGGAUUUAUGGUACGACAAAGAAGUCGAACUGGGCAAGGAAAAACCAAAAGAUCUGUGAUCAGAAAAGAUUCCUCAGGCUCCAUUUCUGAGCAGUUACCUAGCAGAGAUGAUGGCUGGAGUGAGCAGUUACCAGAUACUCUAGUUGAUGAAUCUGUUUCUGUCACUGAAAACACUGAAAAAAUAAAGAAGAGAUACCGGAAAAGGAAAAAUAAGCUUGAAGAAAUUUUCCCUGCCUAUUUACAAGAAGCUUUCUUUGGAAAAGAUCUUCUAGAUACAACUAGACAAAACAAACUAAGUUUAGAUAAUCUAUCAGAAGAUACAGCUCAGCUUUCUUACAAAACAAACAUGAACACAAAUUUCUUGGAUCCUUCCUUAGAUCCACUACUUAGUUCAUCCUCAACGCCGGCAAAACCUGGAACUCACGGUACCGCUGAUGAUCCCUUAGCCGACAUUUCCGAAGUCUUAAACACAGAUGAUGACAUUCUUGGAAUAAUUUCAGACGACCUUGCAAAAUCAGUUGAUCAUUCAGGUCUUGAUUUAUGCACUUUCCAGGUUGAGAGCUCAUCUUGUCCAUUUGCUGGAAUAGACGUUGGUGCCGGCGCCGAUGAUCCUUCCUCUUUGCCUCAGCCAAGUGUCAAUCCGAGUUCACGACCACUAAGUGAAGAGCAGCUCGAUGGCAUCCUCAGCCCUGAACUAGACAAAAUGGUCACAGAUGGAGCAAUUCUUGGAAAGUUGUAUAAAAUUCCAGAGCUUGGAGGAAAGGAUGUGGAGGACUUGUUUACCGCUGUGCUUCGUCCUGCGGCCACGCAGGCAGCUCCCAUACCACAGCCCCCUGCGCCUCAGCCGCUGCCCGUGCACACUCAGGAUGUUUUUUCACGGAUGCCACUCAUGAACGGCCUUAUUGGACCCAGUCCUCAUCUCGCACAUAAUUCUUUGCCUCCUGGAAGUGGACUGGGAACUUUCUCUGCUGUAGCACAGGCCCCCUACACUGAUGCCAGGGAUAAAAAUCCAGCAUUUAAUCCAAUGGCAAGUGACCCUAACGGCUCUUGGACAUCAUCAGCGCCCAUUAUGGAAGGAGAAAAUGAUACAAUGUCAAAUGCCCAGAGAAGUACACUCAAGUGGGAGAAAGAGGAGGCCCUGGGUGAAAUGGCAACAGUAGCACCAGUUCUCUACACAAAUAUUAAUUUCCCCAACCUAAAGGAAGAAUUCCCGGACUGGACUACUAGAGUGAAGCAAAUUGCCAAGCUGUGGAGAAAAGCAAGCUCGCAGGAAAGAGCACCAUACGUGCAAAAAGCCAGAGAUAACAGAGCUGCUUUACGCAUUAAUAAAGUACAGAUGUCAAAUGAUUCCAUGAAAAGGCAGCAACAGCAAGACAGCAUCGAUCCCAGCUCUCGUAUUGAUUCAGAUCUUUUUAAAGAUCCACUAAAGCAAAGAGAAUCGGAACAUGAACAGGAAUGGAAAUUCAGACAGCAAAUGCGCCAGAAAAGCAAGCAGCAGGCGAAAAUGGAAGCCACCCAGAAGCUGGAGCAGGUGAAGAGCGAACAGCAGCAGCAGCAGCAGCAGCUCGGCGCUCAGCCUCCUCCGGGGCAGCCCGGCCCAGACGCGCCCAGCGCGGGGGUCCACAGCCCCGGGACCCCGCAGCCUGGCCCUGCAAGCGCGCCUCCUGCGCAGCCCUUCCCUAAGGACCUGUUUGCAAAGCCGCUGCCCGGCACCCCCGCUGCCGCGCCACCGGAUGACGUGUUUGUGAAACCACAGGCGCCGCCUCCUCCUCCGGCGCCGUCCCGGAUCUCCAUCCCGGAGAGCCUGUCGCAGGGUCAGGCUUCUCAGCCGCCUUCCCCACAGAUGUUUUCCCCCGGACCUUCUAACUCCCGGCCGCCGUCUCCAGUGGAUCCUUAUGCGAAAAUGGUUGGUACCCCAAGACCACCUCCUGGGGGCCAUGGUUUUUCCAGAAGAAAUUCUGCACUGGUGGAAAACUGUGCACCUUUAUCAUCCGUAUCGAGGCCCACUCAAAUGAGCGAGACAACAGCAAACAGGCCGUCCCCAGUCAGAGAUUUAUGUUCUUCCUCCGCAGCAAGUAGUGACCCCUAUGCAAAGCCUCCAGACACACCUAGGCCUGUGAUGACAGAUCCGUUUCCCAAACCCUUAGGCCUGCCCCGGUCACCUGUAGUUUCUGAACAAACUGCAAAAGGUCCUCUCGCGUCUGGAACCAGUGACCACUUUACUAAACCAUCUCCUAGGGCAGACGCGUUUCAGAGACAACGGAUACCUGACCCAUACGCUCGACCCUUGUUGACACCUGCACCUCUUGAUAGUGGCCCCGGGCCUUUUCAAGCUCCAAGGCAGCCGCCCCCAUCCUCCCAGGACCCUUAUGGGUCAGUGUCACAGGCACCAAGGCGAUUGUCUGUCGACCCUUAUGAAAGGCCUGCCUUGACACCACGACCUGUAGAUAACUUUGCUCAUAACCAGUCAAGUGAUCCAUAUAGCCAGCCUCCCCUCACCCCACAUCCGGCAAUGAAUGAAUCUUUUGCUCAUCCUUCAAGGGCUUUUUCCCAGCCUGGAGCCAUAUCAAGGCCAACAUCUCAGGACCCAUAUUCCCAACCUCCAGGAACUCCACGACCUGUUGUGGAUUCCUAUUCCCAACCCCCAGGAACAUCUCGCUCCAAUCCAGACCCCUAUUCUCAACCUCCUGGAACUCCCCGGCCCACCACCAUUGAUCCGUAUAGUCAGCAGGCACCGACCCCAAGGCCGUCUGCGCAAGCAGACUUGUUUGUUACGUCUGCAGCUAAUCAGAGACGCUCUGAUCCACGGGCUCACCCUCCUGGAACGCCGAGACCUGGAAUUUCUGUUCCUUACUCCCAACCACCAGCAAUACCAAGGCCAAGGAUUUCAGAGGGUUUUACUAGGUCCUCAAUGACAAGACCAGUCCUCAUGCCAAAUCAGGAUCCUUUCCUGCAGGCAGCACAAAAUCGAGGAGCAGCCUUACCUGGCCCUUUGGUAAGGCCACCUGAUGCGUGUUCCCAAACACCCAGGCCACCUGGACCUGGUCUUUCAGACACUUUUAGCCGUGUCUCCCCAUCUGCCCCUCGUGACCCCUAUGAUCAGCCUCCCAUGACUCCGAGAUCUCAGUCUGACUCUUUCGGAACAAGUCAGGUUGCCCAUGAUGUCGCUGAUCAGCCACGGCCUAGAUCAGAGGGGAGCUUCAGUGCACCUUCCAACUCACCCAUGAAUUCUCAAGGCCAGCAGUUCUCUGGUGUGUCCCAGCUUCCCGGACCUGUACCGACCUCAGGAGUCACCGAUACACAGAGCACUGUAAACAUGUCUCAAGCAGAUACAGAGAAAUUGAGACAGCGACAGAAGUUACGUGAAAUCAUCCUCCAGCAGCAACAGCAGAAGAAGCUGGCAGGUCGACAGGAGAAAGGGUCACAGGACCCAGGAGCAGUGCCGCAUCCGGGGCCCCUGCAGCACUGGCAGCCGGAGAGUGUCAGCCGGGCUUUUACUCGGCCUCCACCCCCCUAUCCUGGGAGCAUCAGCUCUCCCAUUGGCCCUCCUCUAGGGCCUAGAUACGCUGUUUUCCCAAAGGAUCCGCGUGGACCCUAUACUCCUGAUGUUACUGGUAUGGGGAUGAGACCUCAUGGAUUCAGAUUUGGAUUUCCAGGAGGUAGUCACGGUACCUUGUCAAGUCAGGAACGCUUCCUUGUACCUCCUCAGCAAAUACAAGGAUCUGGAGUUCCUCCACAGCUGAGAAGAUCUAUGUCUGUAGAUAUGCCCAGGCCUUUAAAUAACUCACAAGCGAAUAAUCCAGGUGGACUUCCUCCACAUUUUCCACCACAGAGCCUGUCAGUUCAACAGCAUAACAUACUGGGCCAAGCAUUUAUUGAAUUGAGGCACAGGACCCCUGAUGGAAGGCCUCGGAUGCCCUUCCCCGCUUCUCCUGGCAACGUUAUAGAGGCACCUUCUCAUCCAAGACAUGGAAACUUCAUUCCCCGGCCAGACUUUCCAGGCCCUAGGCACACAGACCCCACGAGACGGCCUUCCCAAGGUCUCCCUCAUCAGCUGCCUGUGCAUCCAAACUUGGAACAAGUGCCACCAUCUCAGCAAGAGCAAAGACACCCUGUGCAUUCAUCUUCUGUGGUCAUGAGGUCUCUGAGCCACCCCUUAGGGGGUGAGUUUGCAGAGGCCCCUUUGUCGACAUCUACACCAGCUGAAACAACAUCUGAUAAUUUACAGAUAACCACCCCGUCUUCUGGCGGUCUCGAAGAGAAGCUUGAUUCUGAUGACCCGUCUGUCAAAGAACUAGAUGUUAAAGACCUCGAGGGGGUUGAAGUCAAAGACUUAGAUGAUGAAGAUCUUGAAAAUUUAAAUCUAGAUACAGAGGAUGGCAAGGGAGAUGAAUUGGAUACUUUAGGUAAUUUGGAAACUAAUGAUCCCAACCUGGAUGACCUCUUAAGGUCAGGAGAAUUUGAUAUCAUUGCCUAUACAGAUCCAGAACUUGACCUGGGAGAUAAGAAAAGCAUGUUUAACGAGGAACUAGACCUUAAUGUUCCAAUUGAUGAUAAGUUAGAUAAUCAGUGUGUAUCUGUUGAACCCCCAAAAAAGGAGCAAGAUGACAAAAGUAUGGUUCCUUCUGAUAAACAUUCUCCUUGGAAAAAAGCCGCUGUCAGCAGUGAGAUUAAAACAGAAGUACUGUCUCCAGAUUCUAAAGGGGAAACCAAAUGUGAAAGUGAGAAAAGUGAUGAGGGUAAAGAUGCUGUUGACGCCCCCUGCCCACAGGCCCCUGCUCAUGCAGACGCGAAUGAUGGGGAACAGGCUUCUUUGCAGUCCUGUGAUGCAGAUCUACUUGAGAAAAGAACUAAUCGAGAAACAGCUGGCUCCAGCACUAGUGUUCGUGGGUCCACUCAGCUGCCUGCUGAAGAUGUGAUAAACUCUUGCAGCAUACCUGGAUCAACUCCAGUUCUCUCAAGUUUACUUGCUAAUGAAAAAUCUGAUAAUUCAGACGUUAGGCCAUUGGGGUCUCCACCACCAACUUUGCCGGCCUCACCAUCCAGUCAUGUGUCAAGUUUGCCUCCCCCUCUAAUGACGCCGCCUGGUCAUGCUUUGGAUAAUACCUUGAGUUCUAAUGUGACAGUAGUCCCUAGAUUAAACCAUACUUUCCCUCAGGGUGUGCAGGUGAGUCCAGGAUUCAUUCAGGGUCAGCCAACAGUGCAUCGCAGUUUUGGAACAGGAAAGCCCGUGAAUCAGACUGUACCUCUGACAAGCCCGUCUGCGGCCAGUGGCAUGUCUGGGCCCCAGCAGCUGAUGGUCCCUCAGACGGCCGCCCAGCAGAAUAGAGAGAGGCCCCUCCUUCUGGAGGAGCAGCCUCUACUUCUGCAGGACCUUUUGGAUCAAGAGAGACAAGAACAGCAACAGCAAAGACAGAUGCAAGCCAUGAUCCGUCAGCGGUCUGAACCGUUCUUCCCUAAUAUCGAUUUUGAUGCAAUUACAGAUCCUAUAAUGAAAGCCAAAAUGGUGGCCCUUAAAGGCAUAAAUAAAGUAAUGGCACAAAACAAUAUGGGCAUGCCACCAAUGGUUAUGAACAGGUUCCCCUUUAUGGGCCAGUCGGUGACUGGAACACAGACUGGUGAUGGCCAGACUCUCCUUCCACAGGCAGUUACUCAGGAUGGCAGUAUAACACAUCAGAUUUCUAGGCCUAAUCCUCCAAAUUUUGGUCCAGGCUUUGUCAAUGAUUCACAACGUAAACAGUAUGAAGAAUGGCUUCAGGAGACCCAGCAGCUUCUUCAGAUGCAGCAGAAAUAUCUUGAAGAACAAAUCGGUGCACACAGGAAAUCCAAGAAGGCCCUUUCAGCUAAACAACGUACCGCCAAGAAAGCUGGGCGUGAGUUUCCAGAAGAGGAUGCAGAGCAGCUCAAGCACGUCACUGAGCAGCAAAGCAUGGUUCAGAAGCAGCUAGAACAGAUUCGUAAACAACAGAAAGAGCAUGCCGAGUUGAUUGAAGAUUAUCGGAUCAAGCAGCAGCAGCAGUGUGCCAUGGCCCCGCCCACCGUGAUGCCAGGUGUCCAGCCCCAGCUGCCCCUGGUUCCAGGCGGCCCCCCGCCCACCAUGAGCCAGCCCAGCUUCCCCAUGGCGCCGCCGCAGCUCCAGCACCAACAGCACACAGCGGUCCUGUCCGGCCACACGAGCCCUGCUAGGAUGCCCAGUUUACCUGGAUGGCAGCCUCCCGGUGCCCCUUCUCACCUCCCCCUCAAUCCUCCCAGGAUCCAGCCUCCAGUUGCCCAGUUACCAAUAAAAACUUGCCCACCAGCCCCAGGGGCAGUGUCAAAUGCAAAUCCACAGAGUGGACCACCACCACGGGUGGAAUUCGAUGACAAUAACCCGUUCAGUGAAAGUUUUCAAGAACGGGAACGUAAGGAACGUUUACGAGAACAGCAGGAAAGACAGCGGAUCCAGCUCAUGCAAGAAGUAGAUAGACAGAGAGCUUUGCAGCAGAGGAUGGAAAUGGAGCAGCACGGCAUGAUGGGCUCGGAACUGAGCAGCAGGACGCCUGUGUCCCAGAUUCCGUUCUACACUUCUGACCUGCCUUGUGAUUUUACGCAACCUCCAAGACCCCUUCAGCAGCCUCCGCAGCAGCAACAGCAAGCGGGGCCGGUUUUACAGCAGCAGAACAUACAGCAAGGGUCUAUUAAUUCACCCCCCACCCCAAACUUCAUGCAAACCAAUGAGCGAAGGCAGAUGGGACCUCCCUCGUUUGUUCCUGACUCACCGUCAAUUCCUGGUGGAAGCCCAAAUUUCCAUUCUGUGAAGCCGGUACAUGGAGGUGUUCCUGGGGCCAGCUUCCAGCAGUCCCCGGUGAGGCCUCCUUUCACACCCGCUUUACCCGCGGCACCUCCAGUGGCUAAGAGCAGUCUCCCCUGUGGCCAAGACCCGGCUGUAAGCCGUGGACAGAGUUACCCCGGAUCAGCCCCGUCUCUCAUUCAGCUGUAUUCUGAUAUAAUCCCAGAAGAGAAAGGGAAAAAGAAGAGAACAAGGAAGAAGAAGAAAGACGACGAUGCGGAGUCUACCAAGGCACCUUCUACUCCGCAUUCGGACGUAACCGCUCCACCAACCCCGGGUGUCUCAGAAGCUGCCUCUGCUCCCGCCGUGAGCGCACCCGGCGAGCGCCCUCCGCCCGGCGAGCGCCCUCCACCCGGCGAGCGCCCUCCGCAGGGAGAACCCGAGUCAGCGGGAUCAGGCGACCUGUCGCCUCCUGACCCGGCAGCGGGCCCGCUGCGCACAGAACCGGAGAACAAACUGCCCAGCAGUGACUUCGCACGAGGAACCCCAGGUCAACAGACCUGUGCGAGUUCAGAGGUGGAUAAGCGCCCCGUCGACGCCCCUGCCCCCACUGGGGAGAUGAAACUGGAGUCAGCUGAGCCGGAGCAGCGCCCGGGCCCAGAUGGGCCUGAACUGGAGGAGCGCCCUGGGGAUCGGGCCAAAGAAAGGGCUGUGGCCGGCGCUGCCUGCCCGGGUCAGAGUCCUCCCCGAACUGCCGGCGCUCCUGCUGCCAAAGGAGAUUCAGGCAAUGAGCUUCUGAAGCACCUGCUGAAAAAUAAAAAGGCAUCUUCCCUUUUAAAUCAAAAACCGGAAGGGAGUUUUUGUUCAGAAGACGACGGUACGAAGGAUAGCAAACUGGUUGAGAGGCAGAACCCAGCCGACGUGCAAACUUUGGGGGCUCAAGUGCAAGGUGGUUUUGGAUGUGGCAACAGCCAGUUGCCAAAAACAGAUGGAGGAAGUGAAACCAAGAAACAGCGAAGCAAAAGGACUCAGAGGACCGGAGAGAAGGCAGCACCUCGGUCGAAGAAAAGGAAAAAGGAAGAAGAGGAGAAACAAGCGAUGUUCUCUACCACCGACACCUUUACCCACCUGAAGCAGCAGCUCUCUCUGCUCCCUCUAAUGGAACCAGUCAUUGGAGUGAACUUUGCCCACUUUCUUCCUUACGGCAGUGGCCAGUUUAAUAGUGGGAAUCGACUUCUAGGAACUUUUGGCAGUGCUACCCUUGAAGGGGUUUCGGAUUACUAUUCUCAGUUGAUCUACAAGAAUAAUUUAAGUAAUCCUCCAACACCCCCUGCCUCUCUUCCUCCUACACCACCUCCUAUGGCUUGUCCGAAGAUGGCAAAUGGUUUUGCAACAACUGAAGAACUUGCUGGAAAAGCUGGAGUAUUAGUGAGUCAUGAAGUUACCAAAAGCCUAGGACCUAAACCAUUUCACCUGCCGUUCAGACCGCACGAUGACUUGUUGGCCAGAGCGAUUGCUCAAGGCCCAAAGACAGUGGACGUUCCUGCUUCACUCCCAACACCGCCUCAUAAUAAUCAGGAGGAAUUAAGGAUACAGGACCACGGGGGUGACCGGGACACCCCUGACAGUGUUGUGCCCUCAUCCUCUCCUGAGAGUGUGGUCGGGAUGGAAGUGAGCAGAUACCCAGACCUGUCCCUGGUCAAAGAGGAGCCUCCAGAGCCCGUGCCGUCGCCCAUCAUCCCAAUCCUACCGAGCAGCACCGGGAAAGGGUUGGAAUCUAGAAGGAAUGACAUCAAAACUGAGCCGGGCACUUUAUUUUUCACGUCACCUUUUGGUUCAUCACCAAAUGGUCCCCGAUCGGGUCUCAUAUCUGUGGCAAUCACUCUGCAUCCUACAGCUGCUGAGAACAUUAGCAGUGUUGUGGCUGCAUUUUCCGACCUCCUCCACGUUCGGAUUCCUAACAGCUACGAGGUUAGUAAUGCUCCAGAUGUUCCAUCCAUGGGUUUGGUCAGUAGCCACAGAGUAAACCCAGGUUUGGAGUAUCGACAGCGUUUAUUUCUUCGUGGGCCUCCACCAGGAUCUGCAAACCCUCCCAGACUAGCCAGCUCUUACCACCUGAAGCAGCCUACUGUGCCCUUCCCUCCAGCAAGCAAUGGCCUUUCUGGGUGCACGGGCACUAGUCACGGUGUCACAGAAAGUGCGGCUCUCAGGCCACAGUGGUGCUGCCACUGUCAUGUCGUCGUUCUGGGCCACGGCGUGAGGAAGCCGGCCAGAGACCCGGCCUUUGUGAGCAAGGGUUCCCGAGACAGCUCGAGCAGAGCGGAGAAGGACAUUGUCUUCUGUAGUAAUAACUGCUUUAUUCUCUAUUCAUCAGCUGCACAAGCAAAAACCUCAGAAAGCAAGGAAUCCGUUCCUUCAUUGCCACACUCGCCCACAAAAGAGACGCCUUCCAGAGCGUUUCAUCAGUACAGUAACAACAUCUCCACUCUCGACGUGCGCUGUCUGCCGCAGCUCCAGGAACAAGCUUCGCCCCCAGCCUCACCGCCCAUCACUUUCCCUCCUGCUUUUGAAGCAGCCAAAGUGGAGGCAAAGCCAGAUGAGCUUAAGGUAACGGUCAAGUUAAAGCCUCGGCUACGAACUGUCCACGGUGGGUUUGAAGACUGUCGGCCGAUCACUAAAAAGUGGAGAGGGAUGAAGUGGAAGAAGUGGAGCAUCCACAUUGUGGUCCCCAAGGGGACCGUCACACCCCCCUGCGAAGAGGAAAUCGAUGACUUUCUGAAGAAACUGGGCACUUCCCUGAAACCCGAUCCUGUGCCCAAAGACUAUCGCAAGUGUUGUUUCUGUCACGAAGAAGGCGACGGGUUGACAGAUGGACCAGCGAGGCUGCUCAACCUCGACUUGGACCUGUGGGUCCACUUGAACUGUGCCCUGUGGUCCACGGAGGUGUACGAGACCCAGGCUGGUGCCUUAAUAAACGUGGAGCUGGCCCUGAGGAGAGGCCUGCAGAUGAAAUGUGUCUUCUGCCAUAAGAUGGGGGCCACCAGCGGGUGUCACAGAUUUCGAUGCACCAACAUUUAUCACUUUACUUGCGCCAUUAAAGCACAAUGCAUGUUUUUUAAAGAUAAAACUAUGCUUUGUCCCAUGCACAAACCAAAGGGAAUCCACGAGCAGGAAUUAAGUUACUUUGCCGUCUUCAGGAGGGUCUACGUGCAGCGUGAUGAGGUACGACAGAUCGCCAGCAUCGUGCAGCGGGGAGAGCGCGACCACACCUUCCGUGUGGGAAGCCUCAUCUUCCACACGAUCGGCCAGCUGCUUCCCCAGCAGAUGCAAGCGUUCCACUCUCCCAAAGCGCUCUUCCCUGUGGGCUACGAGGCCAGCCGGCUGUACUGGAGCACGCGCCACGCCAACCGCCGCUGUCGCUACCUGUGCUCCAUCGAGGAGAAGGAUGGGCGCCCCAUGUUCGUCAUCAGAGUCGUGGAGCAGGGCCACGAAGAUCUCGUCUUAAGUGACACCUCCCCCAAAGGUGUUUGGGAUAAGAUUUUGGAGCCUGUGGCAUGUGUGAGAAAAGAGUCGGAAAUGCUGCAGCUCUUCCCAGCCUACUUAAAAGGGGAGGAUCUCUUCGGCUUGACCGUCUCUGCGGUGGCGCGGAUCGCAGAAUCACUCCCUGGGGUUGAGGCGUGUGAAAACUACACCUUCCGGUACGGCCGGAACCCUCUCAUGGAGCUGCCCCUGGCCGUCAACCCCACAGGUUGUGCCCGUUCUGAACCUAAAAUGAGUGCCCAUGUCAAGAGAGGUGUCUCCGGUCUCCCUUUGUGUCCCCGUCGGCGCGCCGUCGCCUGCAGGCCUCACACCCUGAACAGCACCAGUGCCUCCAAGUCGUUUCAGAGCACCGUCACCGGGGAGCUGAGCGCACCUUACAGCAAGCAGUUCGUCCACUCCAAGUCGUCCCAGUACCGCAAGAUGAAAACCGAGUGGAAGUCCAAUGUGUACCUGGCCCGGUCUCGGAUUCAGGGGCUGGGCCUGUACGCUGCUCGGGACAUCGAGAAGCACACCAUGGUCAUCGAGUACAUCGGGACCAUCAUCCGGAACGAAGUCGCCAACAGAAAGGAGAAGCUUUACGAGUCCCAGAACCGAGGCGUGUACAUGUUCCGCAUGGAUAGCGACCACGUGAUCGACGCCACGCUCACGGGAGGGCCUGCCAGGUAUAUCAACCAUUCGUGCGCACCUAACUGCGUGGCUGAGGUGGUGACUUUCGAGCGAGGACACAAAAUCAUCAUCAGCUCCAGUCGGCGGAUCCAGAAGGGAGAAGAGCUUUGCUAUGACUAUAAGUUUGACUUUGAGGACGACCAGCACAAGAUCCCCUGUCACUGUGGCGCCGUGAACUGCCGGAAGUGGAUGAACUGAUGCAUUCCCCGCUGUCUCAGAGGGCGGCUCGUCCCUAGGAAGGAGCGAUUCAACACAGCAUUUGAAUUUCGCAGACGGAAAGAUGUUUUUGUUUUCUGUUUUGUGACUUUUUGGAAACUAGCUUCUGGGAGUCCUGAUUUCCUCCGUGCUUUAGGUUAGAGGAGCACCAGGAGAAAGCCGACCGAGGCAACUUUCCUGAAGUUGCUGAGGUUAAAGAAUUACAGAAUGGUCCAGCACUUUUUUUUUCUUUUUCUUUUCUUUCUUUUUUCUUUUUGAGGGUGGGUUUUGUUUCGUUAUGCUUCUUUAGUCUCACUAAGGAGAAACUUUUACUGGGGCAAGAGCCGAUGGCCGCCCUGCCCCACCCCAGGGCAGAGGCCUUCCUGUGAAUGUAAGACUGAAAUCACCAGCGAAAGGGAGACGUCCAAAGUGCUGGCCACCGCCUUAUCUGAAAAAGGGGCAGGCCCUCUAAUUUAAAAGUUUUUAAAUAAAGUAGACACCACUGAACAAGGAAUGUACUGAAUGACUUCCUUAGGGAUAGAGCUAAGGGAUAAUAACUUGCACUAAAAUACAUUUAAAUACUUGAUUCCAUGAGUCAGUUUAUUGUAGUUUUUGAUUUCUGUAAAAUAAGAGAAACUUUUUGUAUUUAUUAUUGAAUAAGUGAAUGAAGCUAUUUUUAAAUAAAAGUUAGAAGAAAGCCAAGCUGCUGCUGUUACCUGCAAAACUAACAAACCCUGUUACUUUGUACAAAUAUGUAAAUAUUUUGAGAAAAAAUACAGUAUAAAAAUAGUUAUUGACCAAAUGCUACCAGGCUCUGCAGCAGCUCGGGUGCUUAUAAAAUGUUCAUAGGGAUGUUACAAUAUAAUUUUGUUAUUAAAUAUGCCAUUAUAAUUAUGUAAUAACCAAAAUUUCAACCUAGAGUGUUUGGGGUUUUUUGGAAACUACGGUCUGUUAGUACUUAAUUGUUUUAUACACCUUACUUCUCAUAGAACAGAGUGUAUGCUAUGACUACAACUUUUAUAGCCGUUUUGGUAAUUUAAACUGAUUUUUUCAUAUUAUAUUGUUGCAUCCCUACUUCUUCAGUCAGGUUUUUUUGUGCUUACAAUUUGUGAUAACUGUGAAUAACUGCUUAAAAAUACCCCCAAAUGGAGGCUGAAUUUUUCUUCAGCAGAAGUAGUUUUGAUUAGAACUUUGUUUCAAGCCACAAAGAAUCAUGUAAACAUACUAGGAUCAUGUAGCAGGAACUCUAAUCUAACUCUCUAGUCUUCUAUUUAACACAAAAAUUUGAAAAAGGAAAAAAAAAAAGGAGAGAUGUGACCAUGCUUGCAGCUGCAGGACCCCGGCAGUAGGGUUUUGGAAGAUGUAAUUUUCAACUGUGUUUGUAUGAACUGUUUGUUUACAUUUCUUUAAUAAAAAAAACACACUGUUUUGUGUUUGCUUGUAGAAACUUAAUCAGCAUUUUGAACCAGGUUAGCUUUUUAUUUUGUACUUAAGAUUCUGGUACUGACACUUCACAGGCUAAGUAUAAAAUGAAGUUUCUGUGUGCACAAUUCAAGUGGACUGUAAAGCUGUUGGUAUAUUCAGUGACGCAGUUCUCAACUUGUCAUGUAUAUGGCAUGGUGUAUUUUUAUCUUACAGAAUAAAUCAAUUGUAUAUAUUUUUCUCUUGAUAAAUAGCUGUAUGAAAUUUGUUUCUUGAAUAUUUUUCUUCUCUUGUACAAUAUUCUGACAUCCUACCAGUAUUUGUCCUACCGGGUUUUCGUUUUGUUUUCUGUUCUGUAUAAUAGUAUCUAAUGUUGGCAAAAAUUGAAUUUUUUGAAGUAUACAGAGUGUUAUGGGUUUUGGAAUUUGUGGACACAGAUUUAGAAG